AUGGGCGACCCUCAGGAUAAGCAGUUCGAAGAGGCCAAAGCCCGCUACCUUAUUCCCGGCGGCAGCGUUGAGCGAGACCGUCUGCGUGUGCAGCAUGAAUGGAUCAAGGGCACGGCUGGUGGCCUCAUAAAGGCACCGUUGGACCUGACCGCCAGAGGGAUGAAGGUGCUUGACUCGGCUACGGCAGAUGGCUUCUGGAUCCAUGACGUUCGCCUCAUCCUCCCGGAAGAGACUGAAUAUGUAGGCUUUGACAUUGCGACGGAGCUGUUCCCGCCGCCAGAGACCCUACCUCCCACCGUCUCACUGGUGCCGCAGAGCGUCACAGAGUCUUUCCCGCCGGCAUGGGAGGGUAGCUUCGAUCUUGUCAACCAACGUCUCCUGUUUGCUUUCUUCCAGCGCCAGGAAAUCAACCAGAUCGUCAAGCGGCUCGUCGCCUGUCUCAAGCCGGGGGGAUGGAUCCAGUUCUUCGAAUACGACCAUUACACCAUGGUAACUGAUCCACAGGCCACCACAUACAUGCUCUUCUACAAGUUCGCUGAGCAGAAAGUGCGCAAUCUCAACGUCAAGUCCGACAUCCUGGCUGCGCUCAAGGACGCCGGAUGCGAGAAUAUCCAGAGCCAGUGUCUCGAGAUGGUCGCCGGCAACGCACAUGCUGAUCGAGAGCAGGGCAUGAGAGGACGGCGGGUCAGCCGUGUCCUGUUCCAUUCGUUUGGCAGUCUGGUCAAGCUGGAAGACGUUGGGCUGAGUGAGGACCGGCGACCAGGCCUGGCAGGCGAGCUAGAGAGAGAUAUGGACAUGUACAAGACCGGUGUGGCCGGAAACUUCAUCUGGGCCCAGAAGAAACGUACAUAG